UUCACUAUCUGAGACAGCACAUCCAUUCGGGCAUUCUCACAGCAACAACAGAAUGUCAUCUGGAUGGCGUACUUGCGAAAAGGCGGCGCUAUGGACGUGGCUGUCUCUGCUCAGCGUGGCCGUGGCGUUGACGGCGACGGCGCUGGUUUUGGUCGUCUUUAUAGGCGUCCCGGCAUAUAGGAGCAGACAAGGUGCUAUGUCGACGGAGUCCAAACAUUCAUACAUCCAAAUGAUGAAAUCUUCCAACCAGGACCCUUGGAAGCCCGUCCCACCCAGGUGCGAUAACUGCACAUUGACACUGCGCAACGACUCCCUUCACUUCGGAAAGGACGGCGUCUACUUCCUGUACGCCCAGGUCACUUUCGCCCCGCGUUCCGCCCCGGAUUCUGCCGAAAAGCCAAGAAGCGUGACGGUCACCCGCGCGGCGACGGCCGACAAGAGCGCCCGCAAGCUUGCCGAGGCCUCGUACCCGCACGCCGCCGACCACGGCAGCCUUUGGGUGGGCACGAUGGCGCGACUCCAGGAGGGCGACCGCGUCAACGUACGAAUCGACGGAGACUUCAUGAGCGACGACACCUUUUGGGGUGCUUUUGAGAUUCGCUUACUAGCUGAAACUAGCUCUCAGUCUGGGCUGUUUACUUUGGAAAAGUUGUUUUCCAAAUGAACAUUUGUUAUUGUUGAACUGGUUUGGACUUUAGUUUGUACAGGGCGGGAUGGCAACGGUUUGGACGUCCGUCGUUGUCAACGGCAGAGAAACAUUUCUUUGAUUUGAUUUUUUUCAUUAUAUUUUCUUUGUUAAAAAAAAAAAAAAGCAAAAACUUAAAACAAAUAUAUAUAUAUUUAAUAAAUUAAAUUUAAAUUCUAUUUUUUAAAAAAAUUAAGUAACAUUUACAGAAAACAGUUUUUAAUAGACUGAAAAUUAAAAAACAGCACAGAAACGUAAAAAAAAAUCAUAAACAGCACUGAAAGAUAAACA